AUGAUUCUCUUUCCUUCGGAGCUUCCACAGUUCCACCACAAGAAGAGAGAUCUUCGGACGAACGCAGGUAACCACCGUAAUCCCUCUGUUGACAGCCGUGCGCGGCGAGGGACGACUGCGGUUAUGUCCUCCGACGGUCCGACCGACAACUUCGAUAUGGUGCGGAGGGAACUGGAAUGCAUUCGCGCAACCGACACUCAAACGCACAUCAAUCACCUCCUUUUCACCCUCCACUAUUUUCUUCCGACUUCUGAUUUUUCACCAUUUAUCCCUCCUCAUCAACAUCGUCUUCCUCCUUAUCUGCCACGCCAAAAGCUGAUAUGGCCUCGAGGAGGUCGUGUACCUGACUUUUAGAGGCCUUGCGGAGGGAAAUUCGCUCCGAUGCGAAUAGUUGGACAAGUAAGAAGCUGAAAAAUGCUCGAUUAUAAAAAAACACAGGAUCAAAAAACUUUUAGUAGAAAUAAACCGAGGUCUAAUGACUGUUUUCGUGAAGCUCAAAACCUAGAUGAUUCGAAAAAAAAGUUUUCAGUUCAGGAGACUUUCUAAAAUCUUGAGGAUUUUGGAUCUGAUGAAAAUUUUUAUUAAGCUAUCUUGCUUCAGAAACUUGAAUAAAAAACGAUAAAACCAGCAGGAAAAAUCUCGAUGAAAUCUGAUCCUAAAAACUCUUAAAUUUUUUUCUGAAUUCUGCCCUUCUUCUGAAGAACCCUCCAGCCCUCGGUUCAGAACACUAAUCAAAAAUAAAAAGGCCAGCUAAUGUGGUCAGCAACCGCGAUUGUUUGGGCCGGAAAAAGACAAGACGAGGGGCGACAAAUCUUCAUGACGGUACGUGUGACCUCCGUUGCCUCACGCUCUCUCUUCGCCGCAAUCAGCAAUUACCGCCCGUAUCAUCAUCACUCAACGUUGGUCCAAUCAUACUCUUUUUUUUUUCCUUCAGCGGUCCUCCGACGUCGGUGAACCUGUUUUCCUUUGCCUCAAUACGGAGCGUAGAGGUACACGCCGUAUCAUUUGUCGCGAGCCGUCGACUGUCAACAAUUUUGAUUACAACCGGAGAGGAAGUUGUUGA